AUUGCGAUUCUUCUGCGUCGCUCAGGGGCCGAAAAGACUAUGAAUACAGCUCUCCCCCGGCACACGAGCAAGACGGAUGAUAAAUUCACCAACAGCGGUUCUGGAGACGCCGCCGUAGACACUGAAAAAGCGGGAUUUCCCAGCGAAUGCGUCGUGUGUGGACAGACGUACCAACGCUGGCCUGAGCUCCGGAACCAUAUGCGGUCACAUAAUCCUGCACCAACCCACCCAGCCCUCUUCGAGAACUGCCGCACUGCUGCUGGAACCAUCCGGUGCAUCAUAUGUGGUGUCGUCAAGCCAAAUAAAGCUUCCUUCCUGGGUCACUUCGCGUCCCACACCAAUGUGCACCAGUUCAUCUGCCCGAAGUGUCCGUCUAGCUUCAAGACAUCCAAGGGCUUCAUUAUUCACUUCAAGAGAGCUCACACGUCUCUAGCCAAAGUUUAUCGAUGUGAACUGUGCAAUUUCACGACCUUGCACCCCGGCACUCUAAAAGCACACAAACGGAAACAUGAUGGCAUCGUCGAGAAGGAACGUUGCGAGGUGUGCUUCAAGGUGGUAAGGAAAUCCAAUCUUAGGUACCAUUACUUUAUCCACACCGGCGAGAAGACGCACAUCUGCAAUGUGUGCGGCAAAGGGUACUGCACGGGAAAACGUCUGGGAACGCAUAUUAAUUACGUACACUUGGGCAUCAAACGCAAGCUCGAGUACAGAGAUUGUCAAGUGUGUGGUGCGCGAGUAUGUCCCAAAAGCUUGGAGUCACACAUGCGCCGUCAUACUGGCGAACCGACGGAUACUUGCUGCAUCUGUGGGAAGCACUUUUACAGCCUCGAGAAUUACAACGCGCAUAUGGAGAGAAUGCACGUGCGCAUGAAGGAUCGGAAGUGCCCUGUGUGCCAGAAAGCGUUUCGCAGUCUCUCAGCCCUGCAAAGUCACAUACGUGUGCACGUGGAGGAAAAGAGGUUCAAGUGUGAAGUGUGCGGGAAGGCAUUCAAGUGGAAGCAUAAGGUCGGGGAUCACAUGAAGACGCACAGCGAGGAACGGCCCUUUAAGUGCGAGCUCUGCGGGGAAGCGUUUAAGUGGAAGCAUAAUCUGGCCAAUCACGUGCGAGCCAAGCACAAGUGAACGUUCCUCUCACGGGAAGAAGUGCGUGAUUCUAUGGCUUCGAUUUCUGUGUUUCUAACCAUUGGGUGUUUGUUUUCAAAGAAAUUUCCUAUAUCAAAAUACAUGAAAUUGUGGCACGUUU